AUCAGAUUAGGCGAAGAGAGACAUAAAUUACCUGUUCGGGAGUUGCGCUAAUGGCCAAUAAAGACAAGAACAACGAUGAACAUACGAAUAGUGGCGGUGAAUUUGUGUCUAGCUGUGCUCCUCAGCGCGAGCGGCUCGCGAGCGGCCAUUUAUACACCAGGAGGUCCUGUCUAUGUGAAUCCUGAGCAGGAGAUUCAAGCCACACCGAGCCAGCAGACGAUAAAUUAUGUGACACAAACAGUUUAUGGGUUUUUGGAUUUCACAACCACAAUCGGCAACACCGUGAUGCUCUUUUCGCCACAAAGUUCAGCACCGGCUGUGGCCCCUUCGAGUGUCGUUGAGGUGAAAACUACGAAGGUGCAAGAAGUGACUCCGUCGAAAGUGGAGGAAGUGACAUCUUCCACUGUGCAGGCAGUCACUCCGUCUGUUGUGGAGGUGAAACCUGUGAAAAUGGAGGAGAAGAAGCCAGUUGUGGUGACGAAGGAGAUCAAAUCCGUCGUAUCGUCGAUCGUGAAUGUCAUCACGGCGGUGGAACAGCCCGAAAAGCCGUCGAUUGUGAGUGUCGUGAAUGUCGUGAAGCCAGAAACUGUGGCCACAACAUCGAAGACUACACAAAUUGUGUCCACGAAAGUCGAUGUGAUCGUCAACAAGGAGACACACACAGUUGUUCCCACCGUCGUGAGAGAUCCUCCUGAGGAAGUUGAGCAGCAGAUUGAGGAGGAGGAAGAAGAAGAGGAGGAGGAGGAAGUAGAGGAGAAAGAUCCUCAGGAUGGCUUGAUAAUUGAGUCCAGCAUUCCGGAGAUUAAUUCCAAUGUCAAUUCAGACAUUCCCGUGCAGAUUCCCAACAACAUCGGUGAGCCUGAGUAUGACUUCCUCUCGCGUCAGCCGGCUGAGUAUGUCGAGGAGACGUACAGAGUGCACAAUCUGCGCGGAGGCGGCAAGCCGCACAUCAAAUCGAGGCCCACAGAAGCGCCCAGGAGAGACAGCUUGCAUCCCACGGGAUUGGUGACGAAACUGGGUGGCACUGUGGUGAAGGACGGCGUGACGACAAUCCACGAAACGAGUGUGAUCGGCACUUACAUCUCGGGAAAGUACGCCCAAGUGUUGCAGAGCACAUCACAGAUCUUCCACAAUCCCAAUAAGGCCAAAAUUGCCCCAUCGCCGUCGCUCAAGGUGCUGAAAACCGCCGCUCCUGUUGCUCACAAGGCACACAGACACACUGUCGAGGCGACACCGAGUCUGGACAGCUACGAGGACACAUACACCACGGCUCCUGGGCGUCUCAGCAAGCGACCAGUGGCUAUUCCGCCCACAAGUCCGGGCGAUUUCAAGAGUCGCUUCAGGAAUCGAAAGUACACGCCAGACAGCGGGCAGGAUUACGUUGAGGAAGUGACGCCGGCCGCUGAGAAGGUCACGACGAAGAAGUACAGGAACAACCAUCAGAAGUACAAUCGCCCAUCGUCAGAGGUGAACACAGUUUCUGUCUAUCCAGAGACGAGUUCUGUGCCGGCCUUCAGACGGAACAAGGCGUCAAGGCACGAAUUCAAACCCACUUCCACAGUGACACAGAACAAUGAGGCUCACUCGAGGCGCGGCUUCAAGCCGAAACUUCAUCCUACGAGUGUGGACAAUGACCAAACGUCCACGAGUCUGUACAAGUUCAAGCUCAAUCGCACUCCCGGACGCUGGCAGUACAAGACAACGCCGAAGCCAAGGGUGAACAUCCGGAAGUCCACGGAUGAGCUGAAGGAAACCGCCACGGAAGCAAUCAAUGGCGAGGUGAGAGGUGAUGAUGGCGAUCUAGAUGGACAGCCUUCGCUGACAGGAGACAUCCUGCAGGACGACGGUCGCAAUGGGAUCGAGAAGCCACUGCCCGUGGAGACACUGAAGGUGGAAAUCUCCACGCCGGCGGACUUUGCUGAUGUCUACUACGAGAUCGCCACCAUAAAGUCGCCCUACACUUUCCAAGUGGGCCCAGUGAAGAAGACGCGCUUCAUCACAGUCACUUCCACCUUCGAGAAGACCCUAGAGCCAGAGACAACGACAGAGAUCACGGGACCUCUGACUGAGAACAUCCUGGCCACGACAUCUCACUUGGACAGUGAGCACAAUCUCCUGGACUCCACCAUUGCCACACUGCCUCCGCUCUAUCUCAGCGAGGGCGGAGAGACGCCAUCGCUGGAGACCCUCACGGAGACCUUCAGCACUUCGCACGUCCUGCUGAAGACGCACAUCCUGCCGAUUGUGCAUAACGAGAACAGCACUGAGCGCCACACUCUCAUCCAAACCUACCACGUGACGAGACUCGUCACCGCCACAAAGACACUGCCGCCGAUGGAGAGUUACCACUUCGUGCCCAGCAAGACAUUCAAUGAAUUCAACAGUCGCCUGGACGAAGCGGGCUCAGAGCUGCAUCUGGAGUUGGAGUUUGGUGACAACAACGAGGAGGACGACGAUGACGAGGGUCUGCGCCAGGAGUUGCCCGCCGAGCUGGAUCUGUCGAAGGUGGGAACAGAUCUGGAUUUGCUCGGUCUGGAUCGCGUACCGGCAUUGAAGCCCAAACAGCCGAAGAUCACCAAGACGUCCGUUGAGGUCACCACGCCAAAAGCCACAGAGAUCCAGCCGGAGAUUCAGCAAUUGCUGCGACUGCUAAAUCCCGCCGCCGCUGCCAAUCUGCCUCAGGUCAUCACAUCCUCAAAGCCUGUCAUCAAGGUGGAAACCGUGUAUGAUUCUCACGUGAUUCCCAUCUUCAACGGCAUGUCGACGAUCUUUAGCACACUCACGCGCCCAAUUGGCACGGUGACGAAGACAGACUAUGAGUACGAGACGACAACCAUCCAGCCGACGCUUCCCAUUCAGCCAGUACCCAUGAAUCCCCUCUUCCCGCCCCAACCGCAAUUCCAGGUCACUUCGGCACCCAUUGUGACCAACACCGUGGUCACCGUGACGGAUAGUAAGAUCCUCAAGCUCACAUUUGGCGCCAAAACAGCCUACACCACGCUCUUCUCCACUCACGUCACACCCACACUUGUCACCACGUUCGUGACACAAUCCGUGCCGGUCGCUCCCAACGCUGGCGCCUUUCCCGGCUACUUCCCCGCCCCCUACGCCCCCUUCCCGUACGUUGGGUAAGCGCCCUCAGCCGUUCACUGCGUGAAUAGACAAGUUGAUCUUCCGGACACACACGAAAAUCGUCCGGAACAUCAAUUUUCCCAUCUCACACUUUCAACUCAAUCACAUUUCUCAGAGCCAUGACAAUCUGUCGAAAUUUCACCCUGGAUGGGAAACUGUGAAGUGCAAUUCUGCCAUUGUUCUUCUGCAUUUCAUCACCAUUUAUGAGAGAGAAAACUCCCUUUUUGCAUUUCCGCGAAGAUUAGGAGGAAGAAUGACAAUCUGAACUUUCCGAUAUGAUUCUUAUAAACAGAAAAAAAAAUUGCCGUGUGAUUGAGUUUGAAUAGUGUUAAGAUAUAAAAUUGCGAUACAAAAACGAAAGAGAAAAAGAAAACAUGAAAAUUCCACCCAAAUACUCGAAUUUAAUGGAUUUCACCUCGUGUCUGAGAGGUUUUGGAGUGAGUGUGAGGAGAGGAAAUAUAAUAUGACAAAAAAAAAGAGAAGUUUCUGUAAAUAAUUCGGUGCUGCAAAAGCUGCGAGAGAGACCUUAAAAUACUCUUAAAAAAAUGUUUAGAUGUUUAAAUUGUUAGGAAUA